UGUGUACGCCCCGCCCGUGUGCUCAGUGCUGUUAGUUAUAGCACUUAGCGGUGGAGUAAGACAGCUCAGCAUGUCUGGGGCUCUGCGGGAGGAAUUGGAGCGUUACUUGCUGGAGCUGGGCAUCCAGCCUGUGUGCGUGGAGCACCCUGAGGUUUUUACGGUUGAGGAAAUGAUGCCUCAUGUCCAGCACUUGAAAGGAGCUCACAGUAAAAACCUGUUUUUGAAAGACAAAAAGAAGAAAGGCUUCUGGCUGGUGACAGUUCUCCAUGACAGACAAGUAAAUCUCAAUGACCUUGCUAAAAAGUUGAAUGUUGGCAGUGGGAACCUUAGGUUUGCUGAUGAAGCUUCAAUGUUAGAAAAAUUAAAGGUGGGUCAAGGUUGUGCCACACCCCUAGCACUGUUCUGUGACAAAGGAGACGUGAAGUUUGUACUGGAUGCCAAAUUUCUGGAAGGCGAUCACGAAAGAGUCUAUUUUCAUCCAAUGACGAAUUCUGCUACCAUGGGAAUAACUCCUGAUGAAUUUUGUACCUUCUUGAAAAAAACUGGACAUGAUCCAAUACUAAUUAAUUUUGAUGACUAAAUACAGUUGUAUAUUAGAAACCAAGACUGAUGUAAUAUGGGAACAAAAACAUAUUUAUGAAAGUUUUAUACUUGCCAACUAGAUUUUUAUUCUUGGUAAACAUAUCUCUUCUAGAUAUGUGAAAAAUGUGACGCAUCUAAAAUCAUAUAAAAAUGUUUAUGCAUUUUAUUUUUUCUUUCAAAUUUUAACUCAUUUAAACAAAACAUCAUUAUAAUGCUUUUAAGUACCUUGGAGAGCCCAAAUUAAUUACACCAUUUGGAACUAUAUUGUAGCUGUUGUGACACUAUUUGUCAUUUAUGAAAAAUUUAGAAGUAUCUUCUAUGUUCUUUAUGCCUGAUAAAGUCCUUGUGAUCAAUUUAA